CCAAUCAAUUUUUAAUAAAGUGGACAAAAACCUUAAAAAGAGAAAUCCUUUCGCCACCGAGGAGGAGAGGAGUUCUCCAUUCCUCUGGUUCCGCACUUCCCUAUCCAAUAUUCCAAUACCAUUCUCAUAUGUCAAAAAAUAUCUUCCACUACAGGUCUCAAAUGAUCACCUCACAAUUUCACAAGGCAGAGAGUCACAUCACAUGUUUGAUUAUUUGGGCCAAAGGUGUUUGAUUAAUUUUGUGUGUGGUUAUUUUGGAUAAAAUGAUGAGUGAAUCAUGUAGAGUAUUCCCGAAAUGGAAGAUUUUUAGAUCAAUUUCAACAAUUGUUUUGAGCUUCUUGUUGGCUCCCAUGUUGGUUUCAGCUGGGACAAGAACCCUAAAUUCCCAAUUUGUCAAUUCCACUUUCACUUCAACUUCAGCUGAUCUUCUUCCCCAAUUUGUCAACUUUUGGUGGCAACCUGGUCAGUCUGGCUACCACCAUGUUUGGCCGGAAAUUAAAUUUGGGUGGCAAAUUUUUGUGGGAUCGAUUAUUGGAUUAUGUGGAGCAGCAUUUGGCAGUGUUGGCGGUGUUGGAGGUGGUGGCAUAUUUGUGCCAAUGCUUAGUCUUGUAAUUGGGUUCGAUCCAAAAACUGCAACUGCUAUAUCAAAAUGUAUGAUAAUGGGUGCUGCAGCCGCAACUGUGUUCUACAAUCUGAAACUAAGGCAUCCAACACUUGAUAUGCCGAUCAUCGAUUAUGAUUUAGCUCUGCUUUUCCAGCCAAUGCUUAUGCUAGGAAUUAGUGUUGGUGUUACUUUUAAUGUGAUUUUUGCUGACUGGAUGGUCACUGUCCUGCUGAUCAUUCUUUUCAUUGGCACAUCUUUGAAGGCAUUGUUCAAGGGUAUUGAAACUUGGAGAAAAGAAACGAUGAUGAAGCAGGAGGCUAUGAGGUAUUUGGCAUCAAAUGGUGCUAUUGGUGGAGGAAUGGAAUAUAAGCCCCUUCUUGAUGGCCCAGACAAGGAGGGUAAAGAACGAAAUGUUUCUGUCGUCGAGAAUGUUUGCUGGAAGGAACUUGGUCUACUUGUGUUUGUUUGGGUGGCAUUUCUUGUCUUGCAGAUUGUUAAGGAACAUACAACCACUUGUUCAACAGUCUAUUGGGUUUUGGACUUGUUGCAGGUACCUGUUGCCGUAGGUGUCUCCUUGUAUGAAGCAGUCAGCCUAUAUAAGGGACGAAGAAUAAUUUCGUCGAAAGGAGAUGCAAACACUACUUGGAAAGUCCACCAGCUCGUCUUGUAUUGCUGUUGUGGGCUUUUGGCUGGUAUGGUUGGCGGACUGCUUGGCCUUGGUGGUGGAUUUAUUUUGGGUCCCUUGUUCUUGGAGCUAGGAGUUCCUCCUCAGGUUUCAAGUGCUACUGCCACCUUUGCAAUGGCCUUUUCUGCUUCAAUGUCUGUUGUAGAGUACUACCUUCUCAAACGUUUCCCUGUCCCUUAUGCGGUUUACUUUAUGGGUGUGGCAACUGUUGCUGCCUUUGUCGGACAACAUGCUGUCAGAAGGUUGAUAAUUCUUAUGGGGAGGGCAUCCCUAAUUAUCUUCUUUCUAGCUUUCACUAUCUUCGCCAGUGCUGUAUCAUUAGGUGGAUUUGGCAUAUCAACCAUAAUUGAAAAGAUUCAACGCCAAGAAUACAUGGGAUUUGAGGAUCUUUGCAAGUACAAGGCAUAAGCUUAUAAGCUUGCUGUUAUUUUUUCUAUAAGAGUAGCGUGUUUCUCCCGUUGAGGGAAUGUUUAUAUUUGCAGGUACACCAAUUAUUUCUGUAUAUAUUCUUUUUCCAUAAUCUGUAAAAAAUGACUAGAAGGUCGGAUUGUCCGUGUUAAUUUAUCCCAAUCCUUUCUUGUUAUUGAUUUGUGGAUGAUACAAUUUUAGAAUAUUACCCUGACUUUUGUGGCA